UCGAUUCCGUGUCAUGCAAAAAGUCGGUGGCAGAGCUGGCAGCUACGAAAUGGCCUUGCAGUGUCCCGUGUGUGGCGUCCCCAUCGCUCCAGAUCUCAUCAACAACCACCUCGACAGCUGCCUUGCGCUCCCUCCCGAAGACAACGACGAUGACGCCAAUGUUGACGAUCUACCACCAACACCACCAACACCACAGUCUACACCAUCCUCGUCACUGACCCCACAGUCCAAAAGACUUCGAACGGUGAGUCCUCGCCCCGGGUCCUGGACCUCACCCUCCUCUCAGUUGAGAGCUACCGGGGGCGAUGCUGGUGCUGGUGGUGCUGGUGCUGGUCCCGUGGCCUCAUUUCCACUCUUCAGUCAGAAGCAAAGAUCUCAGGAGACGCUGGGACGUGGUGGUCGGAGCAGCGGUGGUGCGACCCGGGCAGGGCACGCGGUGGGGUCGGCUGCGUUUGGGACGACGAAGCCGGCCAGGGCUUCUGUGAUGCGUUCGUCAUCGGCAGCAGCAUUCGCUGCGAUAACAUCAUCAGGAUCAGCAGCAGCAAAUGUUAAAACACUAGCAUCGCCAUCACUGCAAUCGGAUAUUAUUAAUCCGUCAGGACAUGCGUUUGCUUCAUCGCCACCGUCAUCACCACCAACACCAUCACCGUCAAAGUUCAACCCACGACCACCGGCGUCACCCUCGUGGUUCGCGAAGCCUGCAGCCUCGUUAACCGCGGGCUCCACGACCCCCAAAUCCACCCGACUCGACUGCCGACCUCUGGCGGAGAGGAUGCGACCCGACACGCUGGAGGAUCUGGUCGGGCAGGCCGAGGCGAUCGGAGAGAAGACGCUCAUGCGGACCCUGCUGGAGGCCAACGACGUCCCCUCCAUCAUCCUGUGGGGUCCGCCCGGCUGCGGCAAGACGUCACUGGCGCACGUCAUCGCGGCCUCUUCGCGCAGGAGCGGCCGCACGCGCUUCGUGACGCUGUCGGCCACCAACGCCUCCACGGCGGACGUGCGGGAAGCCAUCCGGCAGGCGCAGAACGACUUGCGGCUUGCGCAGAGACGGACCAUCCUCUUCAUCGACGAGAUCCACCGCUUCAACAAGAGCCAGCAGGACACGUUCCUGCCGCAUGUGGAGAGCGGUGUCAUCACCCUGUUGGGCGCCACCACGGAGAACCCGUCCUUCCAGGUGAACGCGGCGCUGCUCAGCCGCUGCCGCGUGGUCGUGCUGCGCAAGCUCUCGCCCGAGCACCUGCGGCAUAUCUUGAUUCGUGCGCUGCCUCAACUUGGGGCCAGUAUCCUGCACGGGCAGCAGCAGCAACAGCAGCAGCAGCUCGCGGACGUGGGGCAGCCCGGUCUUCCCAACGGCGCCCAGCCGGUGGCCGUGAUGGUGGAGGAGAAGGCGCUGGACACUAUCUCCUUGCUGGUGGACGGUGACGCUCGUGCGGCGCUCAACGGCCUGCAGAUGGCCGUGCAGGCGGUGCUGGCAUCGUCGGCGGCAGUGUCGUCGUCGCAGGGGGACACUGCAGGAGGCCCCCUUCCGAUCGUCACGGAGGCCCACAUCAAGGAAGGCCUACAGCGCUCGCACCUGCUCUACGACCGAGCUGGGGAGGAGCACUACAACUGCGUCUCGGCGCUGCACAAGUCACUGCGCGGAUCGGACGCCAGUGCCGGCCUCUACUGGCUGGCGCGCAUGCUGGAGGGCGGCGAGGACCCGCUGUACGUGGCCAGGAGGCUUGUGCGUUUCGCCAGCGAGGACGUGGGUCUGGCCGACCCACUUGCACUCCCCCAGGCAGUCGCUGCCUACCAGUCCUGCCACUUCAUCGGGAUGCCCGAGUGUGAGGUGAUCCUCGCGCAGUGCGCCACGUACCUGGCCCGCGCUCCCAAAUCGGUGGAGGUGUACGCGGCCUACAACCGGGCCAAGACAAGCGUGCGGUGCCAUCGUGGCCCGCUACCGUCGGUCCCUCUGCACCUGCGCAACGCCCCCACGGGGCUCAUGCGCAACCUGGGUUACGGGCGCGGGUACAAGUACAACCCGGCCUUCGACGCGCCCGUUCAGCAGGAGUACUUGCCAGAAGAGCUGCGAGGCACCGACUUUUUCAAGCCUGCCUGAGCACGGCGACGAUCUAAAAACAAUCUGAAAGCCGUCGCUGCAGCGGCGGUGGCAGUGUAGGGUUGUUUCCGCUUCGAUUGCUCGGCCAGAGGUGUGAAAGUGCUGCCCCCACUCCCCCCCCUACUAUGUGGGGGUGGGGAGUGAAGGGAUCUCGGAGGUACCUCGGUGGUGUCUGCUUCUGUGGGCCGUUCGUGCACUGCUCUGCGAGAGCUCUACAUGGGUUACUUCGUCUCGUGACGUGAUGCCAAUAGCGCAAUCGGGAUAAAAUUGACGAGAAGCAUGCAAAGUGAGUCACGAUCGUGAAUAUGUAGCACCUUUUUGGAAAUGGUUCCGUUAAGAAUUUGGUGGACAGUUCCUUUUUGUAAACGUACGAAUUAGGCCCCAAUGUAUGUUGGGGCAAGGGGUGUUACGCUGAGGCUUUCAAACUAAGAAUUUAUGUGAAAUAUUAAUACUGAUUUGCCUUAUAGGAACGUAAUGGUUCGCCCCCUCACGAUUAAACAAGGUGUCACAAUUCAUGGUUCCCAACUCAUCUGUCGGCUAAAGAAAUAAAAGCAUCUCUUUUUCCGACUAUGGUGGAUUUAGGAUAUAUAUCAACCACAGGGUGCAUAAUAUCACCGAUGAUAUAGCCUCCGCUGGAUGAAGGUUUUCUCAGGUCGACAUCUCUUGUGUUCUCACGCAAUGCAACAAUCCAUCCAGCACCGGCGCUUGCCCUGAUUCCAUCACUCCCAUCUCCGUGGGGGACUUCGCUUGGGUGUUGCUCACUUCUUUGGCUGCCAUUCCAUUCUCGGUCUCGACCAUCGGCCAUCAUCCCUUACAGCAGCAUGUCCUGUCCAAGCUCACAUUUCUUCACUAUGUAUUCUUUCUAAUAUUUGUUUCCUGAUUCACGCGCUCCUUUUUCUGUCUUCCAGUGUAAUUCCACGCACAUGUCUUCCUACACUGCAUUGCGCACUUCUCAGCUGUUCUCUUUUAUUCGCCAAUGUCCAUGUUUUUUUGGAUCCACACCUCCGAUUAGCACGAUAGGCUACGUACGGUGCAAAAGAAGUUCAACAUACAUGCAUGUUUUACUAUAAAACAGUUUUGCUGGCUGGCAGGAGGGAGGGACGGACGGACUCACUGUCUCAUUCAUUCGUCGUGUGUGUAAAUUACAAAGUAUUCAAUAACACUUUGUGUGUGGCCUUUAAAGGAAAAAUAUUUAAAAAGCAACGUUUCGGGCAAUAGCCCUUCACAGCACAUAAAUAGAGAGGCCAGAAAAGAAACAUGACAAUGAUAACGUCCGCUAUUGAUUCAAUUUGGCACUAAUUGGUAGUCGGCGAUUUUCUGCUCAAUACAUCACUCAGAAGGUGGCUUAUCAGCUGAAUAAUACAUCCCUGACCCAGUGAUAGAAAUUUCACAUUUCUAUGGAAGAGGUGAGUCUUAAGUGCAUUACACAACCACUGGUUACUUACCCACAAUUAACCACUUUGUUGAACUUUGGGGGAUGAUGUACUAAGUCAACCCUCACAACCAGGAUGAUAACUUGCAGUAUUUCUCUUGCGAGCCACUCUGCCACUAAGCCACCUGGCAAGACUACGAAUUGCAAAAUGAUAUUUUAAAAAAUACGUAAUUAAAUAUUAUAUACACGUUAUACAAUGUCUGCUGGGCUAUGGACAUUAGUUUAAAGCUUCCUUAAUGACAGAGCAAGAUGUUAACGUUGGUCAAGUGUGUUUUUAUGGCACUUGUGAUGUCGCUGGGACGAUUCCGAUUCGAGUAAUGUCCCCUCUACGAAUUACUCAUUACACCGCAAUCAUCGCCCUCGACUUGCAGACGUAAUACCUGCUUGCAGGCCAGAUGCCAAACACAUUGCGCCACACAGGUGACAACUGCCACUCAACGGGACAUUUCAUUAAACAUUUUUUUAGAUGUUAUGUAAGUUGCCUCAUUGCAUUGAAAAUACCGAGAUGUCCCGGUGUAAAGGGCGUUUCAAUAACAAUUACUCCGGAACCCAAGGGCUGGUGAUAUGAAGGCUGUAGGCAGAGGUUACGUGAUGGAGCAGUAAUUGUUUUGCUUCAUUGUAGUAUACAACUGCAGAUUUGCACUUUGUUCAAAUGUAGCAGCAAUUAUAUUUAAGCUUGAGAAUGCCAAAUAUUUUCCAUUUUCACAUUUCUUUUGAUACAUUUCAUCCCCAAAAAGUGUUAAGUUAUGAAUGUCUAUAACUUGUAUAUUUAAUGAAUUUAAAAAUGUUACUGUGUUGGUCCAUUUUUUCUAAACGUGUUUAUGUUUCAUUUGACGCGUGACAUUUCAACGGAGCAAAAAACACGAUAAUUAUUGGUCGUUGAUUGGGGUCAUUAAUCGCACGAGCAUUACCAACUUUUUAAAAUAUGUACACUUGGCAGUAAAACUGUAUUUUUGUAUAUAUAUCCUAUGCAUUCCUUGUAAAUUAUAUACCAAUAAAAACAACUUUCCCAUUUUCGAUGACAUGUUAUUGUACUCGAGCAGUGUUGAGUGCAUCAAAACAAGAUAUAUAAUGCUUUCCAUCUUUGUUGCAAGGGAUAGCUGAUUUUCUUUAAAUUUUCUACCAUAAGACAAUCCAAAUUUGUUUGAUCGAAAGCAUUUUUUA